CCAGGCAGCCGGUGACGUCGCUUCGUGUCAGGCGGACGCAGGGAGGGAGGGACGCCGGGCUUGCAGGGAGUUGGACGUUCCCAGGCAGGCAGCAGCGCGCAGCGGUCGCACCUCUCCCACCUGUUCGGAGGCGAAUUAAGGAGAGCCGCGCUCCAUCCUCCGUCGGAUCUCUCUCCCUGGAAAACGAGACAACUUUGGAGACUUCUCUCCAGACUUUCGCUCCGCUCCAGCUGACGCUUUUUUUAAUUAUUAUUAUUAUUCGCCGCUCUCUCUAGGGGCCGCACUUCACCGCCGCCCCGGGAACCGCGGUGGUGGAUAAAGCUGAGAAGUGAACAGAGUGAAAGCGCAACGGGAUUAUCAUCUGACGUCACCUUUAAAGGAACCCAAAGCGACCCGGCUGUAUAGGGUGACACGUUCUCCGAUGCCCGCGGCACUGUUAUAAUGCCUUUUAGGGUACGAUGUCUACGCUGAAGCACGUUAUUCUGCAGGACAAGGACCAGGACAACGAGAAGAAGCUGGACUGGAGUUACAUCAGCGAAUGGGCUGACGACGAAGCCGUCCCGGCGGGGGCCGUGGACGCGGAGACCCAGACGGACUCGCCGCCUUUCGAGCACAAGGAGUGUCAGACCAGCAGCCCCGUCAUAAUGCACAUAGAUCUGUCCCGGACGCACUCCAAGCUGAGACACCUGUCUCUGAUGGACGCCGAGGGCCUGGUGGCUCCCUUGUUCCAGUUUGACCGGCAGGCUCCUGGGCGCAUCUCGACAUCUCCCACCUUGAGGAGGAUGAGGAGCACCCGGCGUCCCAUGCUCGAUCCUCUAGAGCCAGGCAGGAUGGAGAGCACCCAGGAGGAGCCGUCCCCUCUGAGCCCCCUGUCCCCGGUGCAGAGAGUCAAAUCUCCUUUAGCGACGAACCCCACAGCUGACGGCGAGAACUGCCCAGAACCUCAGUCAGUUUCGUCCUCUGGCCGACAGAGAACCAUAUCUUGUAGAUCAAAGACUUUUGAAAAUGGUAUUGCUUCCACAAAACAGGAUUGCCUCAGUGCUCAUCCCGCUCUAAUGAAAGCGCCUGGGCUUUCCGACAUAGAAUUGCAGGAGAGGGAACGAAGCCAGCGAAGGGUUCAUGAGAGGAGGCGGAGCUCAGUGGUGGUCAGCUUACCUGGACUCGAUGUCUCACCUGGAGACCUGUUUGUGUCCAACGGCGCGGCGGACAUGAUCAACGGGUCAAACCUCACGGAUACAAAGAAAUCCAAGUGGCCGUUUUCGAGGCGGAGUACGACUAAAGGGAAGUCACAGGCAGGCACGGCGUCGGAUAUUGAAAAACACCUUUCGGCCGUGCAGAUUCAAGACUGGAGAAACGCAGAGUUUCAGAAAUAUAAGGACUUUUCGCUGGACGAGUUCCUCCAGGAUCAGCCCUCGCAGGUGGACGUCACCUGUGACCCUCAGGGUCGAAAGAGACACGAGGCCAUCUGGGAACUCUUCACCAGCGAGUGCGUUUACUUCCUGGAUCGGCUCAUUGUUCUCAAAGAGGUGUUUUCAGCCACACUCACGAACCUGCAGCAGAACAACUGCCUGAGCGAUGUUGACUCAUGGAGCCUGUUUGCAAACCUGAACGAGCUCUGCCUGGUCAGCUUUAGUUUCCUGAACCACUUCUUGUGUGUCAUCAAGAACACGUUGAGUAUUACCCAGGGGGGCGGGCCCACCCUGCUGGAGCUGCUGAGCAAGGUUUUCCAGGAGAGCAUAUGCCACUGCCUGGAGAAGUAUUGCCUCAACUACUCCACCGCGCUGCUUUAUUUGCACAAGCUGAUGCUCAGGGAGGACUUUGGAUCAUACGUUAAGUGGUGUGAGAGGAACGAGCAGUGCCGGAGGCUGCAGCUACGCGACCUGCUGGUGGCGCCGCUGCAGCGGCUGACCCGAUACCCGCUCUUGCUGAGGAACAUCGCAAAGCGAUGUCAGGAGCCGGAGGAAAGCGCGGGGCUGCAGGAUAUAGCUGAGAAAGUGGAGACGUCUAUAUGUGACUUGGAGGGGAAGGUGAAGUGGCUGGAUAACUACCAGAAGGUGAAACAGUUGAGGGACGCGCUCGUGUGGCUGCCUGUUUGGGAAAGAGACAAACGAGCCUUCAUGCCAGAGAGUCUGAAACAUCUGCUGAAGGCCGUCACGCUGGACAACCUGAUCUCCCACAGAAGCCUGCUGCAUGAAGGGAAGCUGGUGCUCACAGAGAACACAAAGCUCAUAGAUGUUUAUCUGUUCCUGUUUGACGAAUUCCUGCUGAUCACGAAGAUAAAGAGGACCAAGAAGAGGUCCAUCGGUUCUGAUCAGAGCUCUCUGCGGCUGCAGCAGAACCUGGAGCUGGAUCAGCUGCUGAAGGAGGGAUGCACCUUCACGGUUCUGGAUCAGCCCAUCUCUCUGGAUCGACUGCAGCUGAAGAACAUCGAUCAGCUGAACGCCUCCACGUCGGGGGUGCCAAAUUCUUUCAUCUUAAUGCACCACAACCGGUACCAACAGUGCAUCGGUGUAUUCAUCCUGCAAGCCGCGUCGGAGUCAGCCAAGAGGGAAUGGAUGACAAAGAUAGAGGGCGCCGUGACGGCACUGCUGAAGCUGGACUCUCAGCAGCCGCGAGUCAAGAGCUCCUCACUGUGGCUGGAGUCCUCCCAGAUCUGAACCAUCCAGAGCCGCUGGAAAUGCCUCUGCUGUCAAUGUGUGCACUUCACUGUCCCAUCGAGUCGGUCUCAAUGCCUGCUCCAACACCAGGAUCAUUUUGUAAACUAUGUGUGCCUUUUGAAGGCAGCUGAUGCGUUAGUGUACAAUAAAUAUCUAAUUAUGUUGCA